AUGGUCAAGAAAGUAGCUCUCAUUACUGGCGGGGCUAGUGGAAUGGGACUCGCUGUUGCGGAGGCCCUCGCAGCUCGUACUAAUGAAGAGUGGGACCUGCACCUUGUCGACCUCAGCACUGAUAAUCUCACGAAAGCCACGUCUUUGCUCAAUAAUACGCAUGCUCACCAGGCGAAUGUAGCCGACUACGCCUCGCUGGUAGCAGCUUUCGAAUCAGCAUGGUCAAAGUCAGGUCGUCUCGACUUCGUCUUCGCGAACGCUGGUAUCGCCGAAAAAGACAACUUCUACGAAGAACAUGCUCUCGAAGCGCCGCCUCCACCGCCGAACAGCCUCGUAGUCGAUGUCAAUUACACGGCAGUGAUAAACACCUCAUGGCUUGCGUUCCACUACUUCCGGAAAUCCCAGGCCAAGCAUGGCAGAGAGAACAAUGACGCGGCCCUAGUCAUGACUGCAAGCUGUGGUGGACUCUAUCCAGCCGAGUUCGGCCCUAUGUACUCUGGUGCUAAAGCGGGAGUAAUCCACUUUAACCGUGCUAUCACAGUAGCAUACCACUACGCUGGCGUUAGAACGUUCACGGUCUGCCCAAGCAUCGUUCGCACCGGCCUGUUGAGUGAAGAGGAAUGGGGGUCCCUCCCAGAGAGCUUCAUGACACCCAUGGAGACAGUCGUUAACGCCGUGGUGAAGGUGGUGGAUGGAGAAGACAUUGAGGACGCUAACGGAAAGAAGGUGGCGGGCAAGGACAACUGGGGUCUGACUGUGGAGCUUUUUGGCAAGAACUUCUACUUUCGGGACGGUGUAGAGUACUGUGAUGAGAGCAUGAGGACUAUGGCGACGAGUACGGGCAUGAAGGCGCAGCUAGAGAGGAUCGGGAAGCCAAAAGCGGAGGGCGAACAUGGAGCGUGGGGAGGUAACGCUGAGAAAGUUUGA